AUGAAACGGGCUUUGGUGUCUCUUGUCAGAAACCGGGCAUUAGCCUGUAGUUCGGAAUCAGUUAAAUUUGUCAGUAAUAAAAACGCCCACCUGCCACAAUCCACACAAAUUCGUCCUAUUUCAACGACGUGUGCGAAAUAUGCAACUAGUACACCAGAAGUUUCUCAAAUAUUAGAGCAGAAAAUACUUGGACAUCAAUCUAAACAAGAUCUUGAAGAAACAGGACGAGUAUUAACCAUUGGUGAUGGUAUUGCACGUGUUUACGGUUUAAAAAAUAUUCAAGCUGAAGAGAUGGUGGAAUUUUCUAGUGGUCUAAAGGGAAUGGCACUCAAUUUGGAGCCAGAUAACGUCGGUGUUGUCGUGUUUGGUAACGAUAAGUUGAUUAAAGAAGGUGAUAUAGUCAAACGAACGGGUGCUAUUGUUGAUGUGCCAAUUGGAGAUGAAUUAUUGGGUCGUGUUGUUGACGCGUUAGGAAAUCCCAUUGAUGGCAAAGGUCCGUUAGGAACAAAAAAACGUGCUCGUGUUGGUGUCAAAGCACCUGGUAUUAUACCACGAAUUUCUGUACGUGAACCUAUGCAAACUGGAAUGAAAGCUGUAGACAGCUUGGUACCUAUCGGUCGUGGUCAACGUGAAUUAAUUAUUGGUGAUCGACAAACGGGUAAAACAGCAGUUGCUAUCGAUACAAUUAUAAAUCAGAAACGUUUCAAUGAAGGCCAAGACGAAAAGAAGAAAUUGUAUUGUAUAUAUGUUGCUAUUGGACAAAAACGUUCAACAGUAGCACAACUUGUCAAACGAUUAACAGAUACAGAUGCCAUGAAAUAUACAAUUAUUGUUGCUGCAACAGCGUCUGACGCAGCUCCGUUACAAUAUUUAGCACCAUAUUCUGGAUGCGCUAUGGGAGAACAUUUUCGUGAUUCAGGCAGACAUGGAUUAAUUAUCUAUGACGAUUUAUCAAAACAGGCUGUUGCCUAUCGUCAAAUGUCCUUAUUGCUCCGACGUCCACCCGGUCGAGAGGCUUAUCCUGGUGAUGUAUUUUAUCUUCACAGUCGUUUACUAGAACGUGCUGCUAAAAUGAAUGAUACUCAUGGUGGUGGUUCAUUAACAGCUCUUCCUAUUAUCGAAACACAAGCCGGUGAUGUAUCUGCUUAUAUUCCUACAAAUGUCAUUUCAAUUACUGACGGACAAAUUUUCUUGGAAACUGAAUUGUUUUACAAAGGUAUUCGACCAGCUAUUAAUGUCGGUUUAUCCGUAUCACGUGUAGGAAGUGCGGCACAAACGAAAGCAAUGAAACAAGUUUCUGGUAAGAUGAAACUUGAACUUGCCCAAUAUCGUGAAGUAGCAGCAUUUGCUCAGUUUGGCUCUGAUUUGGAUGCAGCAACGCAGUCACUAUUGAAUCGUGGUGUGCGUCUAACUGAAUUACUAAAACAAGGCCAAUAUGUACCAAUGGCUAUUGAAGAACAAGUAUGUGUUAUUUAUGCUGGUGUACGUGGUCAUUUAGAUAAAUUAGAUCCAAGUAAAAUAACAAAAUUUGAACAAGAAUUUUUACGCCAUUUAAGAUCACAACACAAAGAUAUACUCGAAUCUGUACGCACCAAAAGUGAAUUGACACCAGAAACUGAUGCAAAAUUAAAAGAAAUUGUACAAAGUUUUGUCAGUUCAUUUAAAGUUUAA